CUUUCUCUCUCCCACUCAGUCUGAUCGAAAACAUUGAACGGAAAGGACGCGUUUCGUCGUCGCGGCCAUUCAACGAGUUUCGUGUUCCUGUGGUGUGGGUUUGUGCUGCUGUUGUUGAGGACGGGAUUAUAUCAGCAAACAAUAGUUUAAAGAACCGUAUGUUGCAAGAGUGAAUAACCUGGACAGAGUGGGAAAAAACAAAAAAAAACCUUUUUUGAUUAUAAUUGCUCAAAAGAAGGCAAAACUUGCUCAACUAAGAUAUCACAGCUCAACAAAGAUAUCAUAGCUGUUCAAUGUCGCUGAAAGUGACUUACGGGUGGCCUAAUGUGUAGCUUUGUGCUGUUCCCACUGAAGGGAUACCGCUCAACCGACACACAUACGCCCCACUACACACGCUCAGCCACAUACUCCAGAUAGCAACGGCUACUGCGCCGUAGUCGUAAACAUGAGGAUAACAGCAGCGACAUUGUUUCCAUUAUUUAUCGGCUUGUUCGGCUUGGUGGAGAAUGUAAUUGGUCUCAAAGUGAAUAAGGAUCACCAACACCAGCGACAGCUCGCAGGUGGUCCGCUCGACCGAGGUCGAGCAGGGCACACCGCGGUAAACGACGAUUUUGGCUACAUUUCCGAUGCCAUGCUGCCGGAUGUACAUGGCGACAGUACCAGCUCGCUCGGUGCAGCCAUGUCAAAGGGCGCCAGCAGUGCUGGUGGUGGUGCUGGUCCAACAUUCAAGUCGGAUGUGUCCACCAGCUUACCGGCUUUCUCCGGGACAGUUACCAAUGCAAAACCGAUGCUCGGAGAGUCCGACGACCGGUACGAAGAAGAAGAAGAGGAUGAAGAGGAUGAAUACGAGGAUGGUGGCGAGCUGUUGGGGAACUUCGAUGAAGACAGUCGAGCCACCGAGGAUCGAGCUACGAAUGAGAAAGGGCAUGGCUCGCUGGAUUACACCGAUAACUUUGAGGUAGCGGCCAUCGAUCAGAUCGAGAGCUUUGGAGCGGGCAAUGACGGGACUCCGCUUCCGGUGUUUCUAGUCGAGCCAAAGAGCACUUAUGUAAUGAAGAACCGACCAGCCAAGCUGUACUGUAAGGCGUCGCAUGCACUACAGAUCUCAUUCAAGUGCAGCGGAAGUACUAAACCACCGACAGAGGAGGAACACCAUACCGAUCCACACAGCGGUGUGCAGCUGCGAGAAGCGACGGCCACCAUUACCCGCGAGCUGGUCGACGAGUUCUUCGGCAAAGGUUCCUUCAAAUGUGAAUGCCGUGCCUACUCGGCGCGCGGUCAGGUCAAGACGCAGCCGGUUACGAUCCAAGUGGCAACCAUUAAGAAACAAAUUAGCAUCUCACCGAAGAUCGUGCGCGUCGCCACGGGUGGUCGGGCCGAGCUGAACUGCAUCGCGAAUGCAACACCGGCGGCCAAAGUCGUGUGGCUGAAGAACGGUGUGCCGGUGCAAGCCAAUCCACCGUUCGUACUGCUGGCUGACAACUCGCUGCUGAUUGCUCGAGUGGAAAUACAGGACAUGGCCAAUUAUACAUGUGUUGCGGAGAACAUCGUCGGUAAGCGCGUAUCCGAACCAGUUCCAAUCGCCGUAUACGUUGAUGGAGGCUGGAGCCAGUGGAGCCCUUGGACGGACUGCAAGUGCCCCGGUCAUGCCAAACAAGGCCAAAAACGUACCCGUGUGUGCAAUAGUCCUGUACCAAUAAACAAUGGAGCAUCGUGUAAAGGAGCGAGCACGGAGUCCACUCCUGAUUGUCUUCCUUGCUCAGACGAUGUCCAAAUUGUGAAUCCAAAUGGAUAUCAUCUAAGUGCCGGCCGUUGGUCAAGCUGGUCCGAAUGGAGUGAGUGUGGCCCAGACUGCACCCAGAUUCGGCAGCGAUCGUGUGUCGGCAGCUCAGCUCAAAUGGCUUCCGCCGGAAGUGUUUCAGUGGCCACGGCCGCCUUAGUUGCCAACAGUUCCUCUGCACAAGCAUUCGCAAUCGAUAGCGGUGGCACCAUCGUCAGCUGCGUUGGCAAAAGUCAACAAUCCAUCAAAUGCACCGGUGGAUUGUGUAACUACACGGCACACGAUUCGAGCUGGUCCAUGUACCUGUGGGUUACCCUGAUCGCCGCACUGUGCUUAGGACUAUUUUUUGCCCUGUUCCGGCUCAUCCGAAGGAAGAAAACCAUUCCAGCGUACAAUUUGGCUCGUUCAGAAAUGCCGACCGAAUAUUUCGCCAACGAGAGCAAAAAGCUGACCCAUUUCCAGCCGGAUCUGACGCAGAACACGGGCCCCAUCAAUUACGAGUACCCGAUGACAGCGUCCCACCAGCAGCAGCCACCGUCCCAUCUGUCCGGUCACCUACAUCAUCAUCAUCUGUCUUCGCUGCACCACCAGCACGGUAGCAGUCUGCUGGGGCCGGCAGUCACGGCCGGACACGGACAGCUUCAUCCCCCGAGCCAAUCGCAGCAGCAAGCGCCAACCCUUCCGAUCGGGGGCCUCAAAUCGUCAUUGCCUUUGCCACGGUCCAAUUCCGAGCACCAUUACGACGUGCCCCAUUUAUGCAAUAACUACAUCUACCCGUUGGACAAAGUCAGCAUCAAUGAAUCAUACUCCUCGUCCACCUAUUCGAAGCGCGUGUGCAGUGUGGAAUCGCUCGAGACAUCGACCAACACAUCAGCAGAUUCCGCCUACGAUCAGGCACCGAUGAUUCCCAACCAUAGCUCGCCCGCCAUUCGGCCGACGACCCUGGUGGAAGAGGCGGGAACAUUCCGGGGCACCGAGGUAACGCAGGCGACGCUCACACCGGCCGGAGCAUUGCUCAAGCUUAACACCUACUCGACCGCGCUGCUAAUCCCCGAAGGGGCCAUUCCGAAGCACCAGCGGCACAACGUGGUCCUCUCGAUCGUGCGCGACGACAAGCAUCACGUGCCGGUACCGACCGGGCCCCGCUCAACCUACCUCAGCCCGGUAGUGUUCUGUGGGCCGGUCGAUACGAAAGUAAAUAAACCGAUCGUCAUGAAGCUGCCGCACUGUGCCGAGAACCUUUCGAACUGGGCCUUUUCGCUGUACAGCGCCCCGGACAAUGUGACCGCGUGGAGCAAGGUCGUGACCAUCGGCGAGGAGACGAUCAACACACCGGCGCUGGUGCAGAUCGAUAAGCGGUACGCGUACGUACUGACCGAAGCGUUCGGCAAGUACGUGCUGGUGGGCGAAUCGGCCACCGACAUUCAGGAGCGGGUCGCCUGCAAAAAGCUGCGGCUCUUUAUGUGCGGUCCGUCAACCAUUCCCGAGUUUUCCGAUGUUAGUUUGCGGAUCUACAUCGUGGAAGAUAACCCCGGGGCCGAGGAGCGGUGUCGACACUGCGAGCAAGAGAUCGGCGGUGUAGUGCUCGGUCGCAGCACGGUGUUACACUUUGCCGAUGUCGGCCAGGGGCUAAUCAUCGACAUGCAGUGCGUUGGGGGCUGGCGGACGAAGAGUACCAGCGAACGACAGACGAUACCGUUCUCGCACGUGUGGAACAGCAACUGUACCGCACUGCACUGCAGCUUUACGCUCUGUCGGACGGAGCACGACAAGUGUGACUUCAAGAUCGAAGUGCAGGCAACGCAGGAUUGCGGAUCGUUGGAGAGUCUCAGCGCGGUUGGUGCGCCGGCCACGAUGAGCAUCUCGUCGUUCGUCCCGAUGCCAAAGGUGGGCCACUGUCAGCAUUCAUCCAGCUCCUUCGAAACGAUGACCAUUUGCAGCGUCGGGUCGGGAUCGGGCGAUCACACCAACGUGCUCGCUACCGAUCGUUUCCGGCUAUCGAAGGACGUCAAGCGGAAGCUGUGCCGUUGCCUCGACCCACCGACCCAGAAACGGAACGAUUGGCGCAUGCUGGCGGCCCACCUCAACGUUGACCGGUACCUCACGUACUUCGCCACUCGGCCCUCACCCACCGACCAGAUCCUCGACCUGUGGGAGUGUCGCAAUCGCGAGCUGAACGCUCUGCAGCAACUGAUCGAGAUCUGUCGAACGAUGGAACGACCGGAUGCGGUCGCAAUACUCGAACAGAUCCACCAUGCGCCCUGGGUGUAGGUUCCGACCGUCAUAUGCUCAUUACGAUGGCUACGGUGGCUGCCCCGAACUACGCGGAAGCCACACCAGAACUAACGAAUAACCAAGCGAUGGCUGCGAUAUAGGUCAAGUCACUCUUUAUAAAUAUUUAUAAUUCAUUAUCUCCAAACGGACACCGCUCGGUCGGUCGGUCUGUCAGCGUUGCACCAGCCGUUUUGCGAAUGACUGACAGGCGGUCUGUCCUGGAACCGCUCCCGAACAACCCUAUCCCUUUGCUCCUUCUACAACCCCAUCCCCAACUGAACAAUCCUAUCGGACAAUCUUUUAUUAACUCUACCACUGCUGCUGCGGACGAUAGCCAACCCCGACCGUCGCUCUCGCUCUGCACGGGUUGUCGGAUGUCAUUUACUGACACGGUACGGAUGCGAGGCGUCAUUGUACUGAUUGCAAUUGCACGAUGUUACGAUGCACGGUGAUUGCACGGCAUUGCAGCAGCCACCAAGACGACGCUGGCCAGCACAGAAGGAGGGUCCUGUCCGUUCGGAAAUGCCUUUCGAAUCGUGAAGUUCAGAGGCGGAGAGGUUAGCUGAAAGGUUAGUUUUGCGAAUGGGAAUGUGUUACAUACUACGGGCGGCCAAUGCAGCGGGGGUUAACCUGCAGAGACAGUUGGACCACCGCGCAAAGCUGUUUCUUUUACUUUUUUCGUUUUUUUUUUUUUGUAAUCCGUAUAAUCUAGCAUAGCUGUGUCUGUUGCUUUACUCGUGCACCGAAAAACAUACAAUUAAUCUCAAACAGACAUACAACAGACUGUAUCCCUCAGUCACAGAAGUUCACUAGGAAAUGGCUAGGAAAAUUGAUCCGUUUUGAUAGAGAAUAUUGUCGUGCACAAGCACUCUGGAAUCAAUCCGGAAUCAUAUCAUAGCUCGAUGGUGGAUUUUACUAGGAUGAUUUUAUAACUCUCUCCAGCAUGUCAUCAGACGGGACAUUUUCUUAAAAAUUACCGGCAUUUCUCAAGGCAUCGCUUGCAAAAGGCACACCUGUCUCCUACUACCACACCUGUAGACCUGCUGUGUCUCCACACCUGUAGACCAUACUACCAUACUAUACCGCGUGGUACAGCAUAGAGUGAAAGGAAACCAAUAGAGUUAAUACAUAAGACUGAACAAAUUGGUGUACAGGAGCAAGCGCGUACACGCAUGAUAAUUACGCGCAGUUGAAAUGGCAUUCUGCGCAUCCAAUAAUGCUAGACCAGAAGGAACUAUACCAAAAGAGAACGCAUGGAACCGCGCAUUAUGCAGGAGUUCUGAGAGACCGAUCGUCACAAUGUGCGAUUGUGUGAGAUACUAUCGGUUUAAGUUCUUACCAUACGGAGGCGAGAUGUAUUAUAAUGUUUUGCGAACUGUCGAAGGCAGCCUGCGUCCAGUGUCCUUCUCCACGAAAAUGAAUGUGUGUUGAAUGCGUUUGUUUCUAUUGUACUGUAAUGUGUAGUGUAUUUUUAAGCAACCGAGUAGCGUCGGAGUUUGUCUCGGUCUCAAAAAGAAGUUCCAGUGUAGAACGAAACGAAACUAUGUUAAAGCUGAUUUUAUGUAAAUUUGUUUCUCUCUCUCUCUAACAUACAACAUCGGAUUUAGCUACCCGUGGUUAGUACGUGCAUUAUAUGCGCACAAUUGAUUCCUUACCCAUCCAUCGUCUUGUACCAUAUACUCUAUGUAGUGUCUAGGGGAAAAAAAAACGACGAGCAACGAGAAACAAACUGUAACAACGAUUAGCCGAGGAUAAAGGGAGAACCAGAAACGUGAUAAAAUGUUUAAAAUAUUUUGUUCGUUUUUUCUUACUCCGGUUCGGUUCAGGCAUUCUCUGCUCUAAAAACAUUAGUUUGUACCUUUAAAUGUGACGUAUGCAUUUACAAAAAAGGACUAAUUUAAACGAUACUUUUCAUUCGAUGGUUCGAUGUAGUUAUGGUCAAAAUGGCUGAGGAAUUACAAUCAAAGAUUUGAGUUGAAUUCUGAGUUUUUUUUUAGUAAUGAAGAUGGAAAUAGUGAAGUACGUCCUGACGACUUGUUAUGACCACUUCGAAUAACUUCGCGUUUUCUUCUUUUUACUUGGCUCUUCAACGUCGAGUGAUCUUGGCCUGCCAUUUCUGGCUUUCCUUGACUUGAUUUUACCCAGUCUUCCGUGUGGAGAAGCGGCCCGGAUGGUUUUUGAUCAACGGCCCUGCCUCGGCCACCGGACCGCUCCAACGACAACCUCUCCUCACAGGUGAAUAAACCACAUGGCAAGGUAAGGGAUCUGAGCAUCCUUUUAAGCGGUAAAAAUAUCCUGGACAAGAUAGACAAGGUCAAACAAAACUCUCUAUCCAUGAAAGGGAGAAAGUCGUCCAUGUGACAGUUAGUCGGAUUUAGUGACUAACGACGAUUGUAAAAUGUGUGUUGAAAGGCCUUUUAAAUCAUUCUAUAACCAUUAUGGUAUAUGAGCAGAGUAUAAAGGGCCACACAGAUUUAAAACAAAAUGAACAUUUAUUUUUAGAGCAUCCAUAGUUAAGGCCUCAACUAACUAGAAUGCACUUACGGUUCCACUCCAAAUCUGGCCUGUUUAACUCGGAUUUCUAUUACGAAGAAAUGGAAUCGUCGGCUCCACAUGGAACCGUUCGGAAUCGUCCUCAACCGUCGAAACCUUCAGAACCUUUCGGAACUGUCCUAAAACGGUUUCGAAUGGUGCGUUUCGUCGGAUUUUGUUUGGAAUCGUUCGGGACCAGUUCCUCUUCUUUGCCAAUUUAGCCCAUCUAUUCAGUGGCGGAUCAACCAAGGAGCGGAAGGAGCGACCACUCGGGGCCUCGAAACUCAGGAGGGCCUCAUCGGUAAGGGAAGUUCUGUUGUUUCCCUCUAAAAUCACAAUUACAGGGGCCACAACUGCCAUUCCGCUCGGGGCCUCCAAAUAUCUUGACCCAGCACUGCAUCUAUUGUGGUAGCUUCUAAAGGGUCGCCCGAAAAGGGCAGGCAAUUUUUUUUUGAAGAAUUCUGUAAUUCUCUGCUCAAGCUAAAUGUUAUCCAUUUUAUUGUCGGUCGUUAGUUAGUCUAUUUUUGUAAUGCAUACGCUACAGGAAACGAAAUCCUUAUCGAACUUAACGAAAUUGCCUUUUCCUAGUUUUUACGAUAGGUUUAACAUGUUCUCGCUUCUAUUACGACCCUUGCUUGCUGACGUUCGAAUGUUUCCCAGUUCCGCUCUAGCUCUUAAGUAGAAAUAGCGUUUAAAGCAACGAAUGAAUUCCCCACGUGUGUUGUAUGAUUGCUUAUUUCACAGUUGUACGUACUCUCGCAAUGUGUAACAUGUUAGAAAGUUCUUACUAUUAGUUGAUGCUAACGAGUCGAGAGGCUAAUGAGUGGAACGUCCUUUUCUGUGCGUAUGUGAUUCAUCAUGGUACCAGAAGACAAGGCAACCGAGUAAAACGCCCCAACAGGGGCACAAGUGGGGAUGCUUCGCCUCGAAGAGGGAUGCUGCUGAUUGCUUCAAGAAUUCAAGUGCCAAGAGGAAUCUUUUUGUUUCCCACUGACAAAAAAACCAACGUAUUUUGUUCCUUUUCCUAUCACAUCCACUCACUCGGUGUGUGCUGUACUAACGAACAAACGCCGUUCGCUUAGAUUGUCCCGGCAUCCUUCCGUGUCCUUUAGCGACAUUCAAGGCAACGUCACAAGGACAAUGCACAAGAGCGGUGGUGGCAUUGUAUUGCAGCUCAAACAUCAUAUUUCGCUCCCUUCUUCCGGUCUGGCUGUUGGCUGGUCCCUUCUUGGACACGUGCUACACAAAUCAACCAGCAUCUCCCAGCAUCGCCCGUGCUUCCACUUCCGGCCACCCAGCAGGCACCCGAUGGCAAUUAACUCAGCUGGAAACGAAAUUAAUUGUAAAACCGCACCGCGCAUCGGUACCGCAACCGCAUUGUGUGCACAUGCAUGCAACAAUGAGUAAAACAAAGCGUCCCGGACAGAAAUAUGAGCAUAAAUUGUCAAUAAAUUGCGGAAUGCAUACAUUCCUUGUCGCUGUGUCCUGCAUCCCAUCGGUGUCCUGCGUUGUCGGCGGGAAUGCCAUUGCCUACACGGCAAGGAUACAAUUUAAAAUGCGCUUUUUAGUUUGCUUCCUUUUUUUUUUGUUUGCGCCACUCACAAUACCUAUUGUGUACGCGGACACUGCCGUGGCUUAAAAGUUGCAAAGUAGGGUGAUGAUGCGUUUCCGAGUGUCCCGUAUCGUUUGUCUUUUUGCUCUCGCUGCUGUUAUUCAUUAGUUAUUCAUGUGCCGCAAAAAACCGGGCCCGUAGUGCAGUGAAAAAGUGUUUAGCUACAUACAUUUGCAUUCGUUGGAUUGAGCUAAAAUGUAUUCUAUUAGAGAACAGUUUGAACAAUGGCAACAUUGGUGACAUUUUGACCGGAAGGAAUACGUUCAGCCUCGAUGGUUUCGAUGAGCCAUUAGCUGAAAACCUCCCGCUCCGGGUUUUCUCCUCUGGGCUAGGUCGCGGUUGAUGGAAAUUGAUUUAUGGGCGAUUUUCCAUAAUCGAUGACAGUAUCGAAAGAUAAUAUUUUCACAUUAAAUACUGCUGUUCCGGGCCGUGGCAGGAGGCUGGGCUGGAUAGGUUGGAAGGUGUAGGAAGUUCAGCAAAUGGAAUACUACCGGUGCUGCACUCGACUAGGCAGGACCCGGGCAGGACAAUAGAGCAGCAGACCAAUAGAAAGGAUUAAGAGCCGAAAAAACACACACACACACACAUACGCACUUGCGUUCGUGCGUAAAUGCGGGUCGGUCCAUCAGACUAAUAGCAGCAUAAAAUAGUGCAAAUAAAUAGGAAACGUUUCGGGCCUAUGUUUCGGUUCUGUACCAACAGUUGAUGCGUAACGAACAUGACGCACCCGGACACACGAUGAGCAUAAUUAAAUCGACAUCCGCGUAGUGAACCGGAACGCGUGGUCAGACGCCCAACACGCCAAAAGGGAGGCACUCAACGGGGUGGUGUUGCGACAAGUGGUGUACGAAACGCCACCGCUGUGUGUGUGGGUUGUUCAGCUGGGGAGUUUUGUAAAUCCGGUAGCAGUUGUCCUACGGGACAGCUUCACCAUAUGUGUGUAGAUAUACUCGAAUUCUUGUGUAAGUAGUUUCCCAUAGCUAUGUAUGUGUAAUCGAUAGGAAUGUGCUACCGUAACGAUUGAUAUGCAUAUACAUUUAAUAUACCGGCUCGUAGAGGCAUAUACAUAUAUAUAUUUGUUAUAAAAUAUAAUCGAAAACUAUACCGUGUAA